AUGGCAGACGACCGCCCAAACUUCCUCGUCAUCGUAGCGGAUGACCUGGGUUUCAGCGACUGCGGAUGUUUUGGUUCGGAAAUCUCUACGCCGAACAUAGAUGCCCUCGCUUCUGACGGCAAUUCGCUUCGGUUUACCAACUUUCAUGUCGCCGCAGCCUGUUCACCUACGCGCUCAAUGUUGAUGACUGGAACGGACCACCACAUCGCAGGCCUCGGCCAACUUCAAGAAAUCACUAGGGCAUCGUCCGCCCAUGCUGGCCAGCCGGGUCACGAGGGCUACCUUAACGAACGUGUCGUUGCGCUUCCGGAACUCUUAUCGGACGGCGGCUACUUCACCUGCAUGUCCGGCAAGUGGCACCUGGGCUUAAAGCCGGAACACCAUCCCUUCCAGCGAGGGUUCAAGAAGUCGUUUGCUCUUCUGCCGGGGUGUGCGAACCACUACGGUUACGAGCCGCAGUACGAUGACCCGCGCUCGGAGCCGGAUAAGUUCUUCGAGACUGCGACGCGAGCCCUUCAUGCAGAAGAUGACAAGAUCCUGGGCAAGCUUCCUAGCGGAUUUUACAGCAGCGAUGCGUACGCCGACAAGCUUAUUGAGUACCUCGAAAACCGCACCGAGGAAGAAAGGCGCCAACCUUUUUUUGCGUAUUUGCCAUUCAGUGCCCCCCACUGGCCUCUGCAGGCCCCCAAGGAGGUCUGCGACAAGUACCGGGGCAUGUAUGACGACGGACCUGAUGCCUUGCGGAAGAGGCGGCUGGAGAAGCUAAAGGCCAUUGGCAUGGUCGACCCUGGAGUUAUUCCUCAUCCAGUGGUUAUCGCAGGUGGAAAGCCGGAGAAGUGGGACGAACUCCCCGAAAACGUGCGCAAGGCAUCAAGCCGCGCCAUGGAGGUGUAUGCCGGCAUGGUAGACCGCAUGGACUGGAAUAUUGGGCGUGUUCUCGAGCACCUCAAAACGACAGGCACGUAUGACAACACACUCAUUUUGUUCAUGAGUGACAAUGGGGCUGAGGGCGCCAGCUACGAGGCUACCCCUCUCGUCGGUGACAACAUCAUGGCCCAUAUCGAAAAGUACUACAACAACAGUCUGGAGAAUAUUGGAAGGGCCGACAGCUUCGUCUGGUAUGGCUGUCGCUGGGCACAGGCUGCAACCGCGCCUUCACGCCUUUUCAAGAUGCACUCGACAGAGGGAGGAUGUAGAGUACCGCUCGUCGUCAAGCCUCCUGCGCGCCUCGUGUCUCAAACAGCGGCUAGCAACAGCGUCAUUACCGAUGCCUUCUGCACCGUUAUGGAUAUUGUCCCCACGCUCUUAGACCUAGCGAGACUCAGCCACCCUGCUACUUACAAGGGACGUAAAAUCGCACCGCUACGGGGCCGCAGCUGGGUCAACUUCCUCUCCCUCAUCCACUCGACCGACUCUCCAUCCGGGCGCCACGGCAUCCACGGCUCAGACUACGUCAUGGGCUUUGAGAUAGCAGGGUCAGGCGCAUUGCGCCGAGGGGACUGGAAAAUCACCUUCGUCCCGGCGCCCAAAGGCCCGCAGAAGUGGGAGCUGUUCAACAUUAUGGACGAUCCCGGUGAGAUAACCGACCUCGCGGAGGAGAGGCCGGAGCUUCUGAGCGAGAUGCUGGCACUCUGGGAGGAAUACAAAAGUGAUGUUGGGGUCAUAGGAGUGGCGGGAGAGUAUCCCCAGAUAAUUCAAGGGAAAGGGUCAGUUUUUGACGAGAUGGAUGACCCAUAUGCGUGGAUUAAAUACAUCGGAAAACCAGACAUUACACCGGAAAGGCUCGAGAGUGUGGUCCCCAAGGUAUCGAGCAUAUAA